CUUUCGUUUGCGUUAGCUGCUGCGGCUAGCUGUUAGCAUCCGCUCUAAAACAAACUCAGCUCAGAGCGCCUCCUGCAGGACGGAAGAGGACGUUCGCUCUUUAACGUUCUCCACUUUCCCGUCCGUCCGUAAAGACUCUUUUUCUGCUUCGUUCUCGUCUUGAUUCGCUCGUCAUGUCUCAGAGGGACGCUCAGAAAGGCUUCUCCGUGGGGCGCGGGCUCCUCGCCGCCGCAGAGACCUUGAACUACAGCUCCGGCCGGCAGCUGGGGGGCGGGGCCUCAGGCGGGGGGGCGGGCGGCGCCGAGGGCCAGGACGGCGGCUCCCAGAUGCCCCGGCGCGGCGGCGGCGGCCAUCUUGGCAGCACCAUGAAGCUGUUUGCCAGCUUGGGUCUUUCCCCCUCAGACCUGGACGCUCUGGCUCAGAUCCCUGAGGAGGACAUCAGCGUGGAGACGCUGCCGCACAUCCUCAUGCAGCUCAAGAGCCGCAAAGGAGACGCAGGAGAGCGGCGGGCGGCGUCCUCCAUGUCUGACAGACACCGGGGGGGCCGGGACAGCUGGGACGACGCCCACGUGGGCCGGAUGGGCGCCGCCUCGCUCGCUCAGAGUUCAGACUUUGGGUUCGGGUCCCUGCAGGACGCCCCCCCCGGCCGCGGCUACGGCCUGAACUAUGGCGGCAGAGAGCGGCCGUUCUCGGAGCUUUCCCGCGACCCCUACGGCGGGCUGGGCAUGGGGACCCAGGACCCCGUCUUUAUGCAGCGGAGGAUCGGAUCCCCCUCGCACGGAAAAGUCCAAGACUUCUUGGGAGUGCUGCCCCCCCUGUUCCCCCACGUGUGCUCUCUUUGUGACUUUGACGUGCACUCGUCCAUGGAGUGGAACCAGCACGUUAACGGACUGAGACAUGCAGAGAACCGACGCAUGCUGCUGGACAUGUAUCCAGACUGGGACCCUGGUAUGUCCUCAGGCAGAGGCCGGGGCCUCGAGACCCCCAACCUGUCGGCAGGCCUGCUGGGACCGGCCCCCCCGAUGUCCUCGGGACAGACGGGAGGAGGGACGUCCUCCAGCUGGGGUGGAGACGGACCAGGAAAGUCUCAGCAAGGACAGAACAAGCUGAGGAGCAGGGUGGUGGUGGUGAAGUACGACAGGAAGCCGCUCAGCAACAAGACUCUGUUUGCUUUCACGGAGCCGUUCGGACGCCUGAGUGAACAUCUGGUCCUCAAGAACAAGGCCUUCUUAGAGAUGGAGAGUCAUGAGGAGGCUCAGGAUGUGGUGAACUACUAUCAGCAGCAUCCAGCGUCUCUUUACGGGAAACCUGUCACCUUCUACCUGUCCAAGAGGCUUCUGGUCAUAGAGAAAGACGAGCGCUCCUCAGACAGGAUGAUGGACCGGCCUGGCAGGGAGGUCAAAGGUCACGGCAGCCAUGUGGUUUUCUUCUCCAACCUUCCCCGAGAAGAAGAGAAGAAGAAGGAGCUGCUGACCAUCGCCGGCCGCUUCGGCACCGUAGACAAACACCUGUUCCUAACCGACCAGGCGUUCGUCCAGCUGGGAACGCCGGAGGACGCAGAGAUGCUGGUGAAGUAUUACAGCGUGAAUCCGCUCACCAUCAAAGGAAGACCGAUCCGCCUCAACCUCUGCACCAAGUACAAAACCCUCAAUGUGAACCGCAGACAGGGCCGCUCCGCUGGAGACGCUCGAAACCGGAGGAGCAGCGGGAACAACGCCGCCUCCUCUUCCUCCUCCUCCUCUUCCUCCGCACCCAGAAACGCCUCCUCAUCCAAGUCCUCCAAACCCAGGGAGGAGACGAAGGAGCCCGCUGCAGCCGAGGAGCAGGACGAGGAGGAGGUGUGUGGGGUGAUGGAGGCGGAGAACUGGGAGGAGGAGGUGGAGGAGGAGCAGGUAACCGAGGGCAACGCAGAGGAGGAGGUGCCAGAUGUAAAGGACAGUGAGGAGGAGAAGGUUGCCGUUGGCGAUGAUGUCACCGGCGAGGCACCUGGAGGAAGAGGCGGGGCCGAAGGAGAGGGGGCGGAGUCAGAGCCGACGGAACCGGAGAUCAGAGAAGAACCGAGCGGAGAACCGGGAGAGAGCUCAGAGACGCAGGAGGGAGAUUUACCGGAAGACACGGAUGAUCAGGACUUCCUGGAGAACAUGGAGGACUUUGUGACGCUGGACGAAGUGGCGGAGGACGAGGACGAAGCUCACGAAGAGUCGGACGCCAUCGACAACACGAGGAAAGGGGGAAUGAGGGUCGUCAACAUCGUCGGCUUCAGACGAGGAUUCAACUUCUCCAACGAGCUGCUGGGACUCGCCAAACCUUUUGGGAAACUGGUGAAACACUUGGUGCUGGACUUAAGACCUGAGGCGUACCUUCAGUUUGAGACCGAAGAAGAAGCUCGAGCGAUGGCCAAGUUUUACAACGGGAACGUGACGGCGACGGUGUGCGGCCGACCGGUGAGAGUCAGUCACUCCAUGAGCUACCCGACCAUCCAGUGCGGGUCCAGUAAGGUCGUCUACGUCGGUCAGAUCCCCAACAGCAAAUACUCGGACGAGGCCAUCCUGAAGCUAGCGCAGCGGUUCGGCAAAGUGAAGAAGUAUUUCCUCAACAGGAUCAAGAGAGAGUGUUUCAUCGAGAUGGAGAAGGCCGAGGAGGCGGAGAAGAUGGCUGAAGAUUACCGAGCCAAUCCUCCAAAGUUCAACGGGAAGCGUCUGACCAUCUACGUCAGCAGGAAGUACCGACAGCUCAAAUACGGACAUCGAUGUCCGAGCGCAGCCAAGAGAGAAAAAAGCAGCACGCCGCCUAAAUCCUCCAAACACCCUGAAGAACCUCCAGCCAAGAAAUCCAAAGAGGAGAAUAAACCAGCAGAUGAGAAGGAGGGAGAGGAAGAGGAGGAGAAGGAGGAGGAGGAGGAGGAGGAGGAGAAACUGACGGAGAAGGUGGAGGAGGAGGAGAAGGAGAAGAAGGUGGAGGAGCAGCAGGAGGAGGAGAAGAAAGAGGAGGAGACGCAGAGUUGUGAAGAGAAGAGAGAAGAAAACUCAGCAGAGAAGAUUCCUGUAGAGAAGAGCUGCUGUGAAGUGAAACAGGAGGAGCAGUCGGAGGAGAUGGAGAUAUCAGCCAAUCAGAACGGACAGACUGAGGCCCCGCCUCCCGAAAACAAACCCAGCGCUGCGUCUCUGCCGCUGCCGCCGUACGACCCCGACAACCCCAUCGGUGUUGAACAUGUGAAGAUGGGAUAUUACUGCCGCGUCUGCUUCCUGUUCUACUCCAACGAAGACACGGCCAAGAAGACACACUGCAGCAGCCAGGCACACUACGACAAGCUGCAGAAACAUCUGGAGAAAGAACAGACCAAAGCGGAGAAGAAGAAAGGGAAGAAGACGCCUGUGAACUAGAACGAGUGAAACUUUUUUAUUUUUCUCUGAUUUUAUUUUUACUUUGUUAAAUUCUUGCAGUGCAGCACAGACUCAGAGCUGUUGCCAUGGUGAUGUGAGGUUUAGUCUUCACUGUCACACAGACAGGAAGUAACUUGUGUUCCAGUUUAAAGCUGAAACAUGUUAAAAGUCGACGCUGUGUUCAAAGACAGUUAGGAAAGUUCAGAUGAAGGUUAAAUGGAAUA